GUCCAUGCAAGUUCUAGAACAGACUGAGCAACGCUGAAGAGAAUUGAACUCUGUAACUGCUCUCAGUAUUGUUAAGUACCAGUAACGACAUCAGAUUAAAUAAAAAUGUCGCUUUUUGGUCCAGGACUGCUUAGUGUCAUGGGACACAGAUCUACUGGCUCUUCAGUGCGCGGUGAAAAUGUUAUGGCUGCAGCUUCUAUAGCCAACAUUGUGAAGAGUUCCUUGGGACCAGUGGGGCUUGACAAGAUGUUGGUGGAUGACAUUGGGGAUGUUACGAUUACAAAUGAUGGUGCCACAAUCCUGAGCUUGCUGGAGGUUGACCAUCCCGCUGCCAAGGUGCUUUGUGAACUGGCCCAGCUCCAGGACAAGGAGGUUGGGGAUGGAACCACAUCAGUGGUUAUACUGGCCGCUGAGCUUCUGAAGAACGCGGACGAAUUGGUUUCACAGAAAAUCCACCCAACAAGCAUCAUUGCCGGGUAUCGUUUGGCAUGCAAGGAAGCGGUCAGAUUCAUUAAUGAAAACCUGACCAUAAACACAGACGAGCUAGGAAGAGAGGGUCUGAUCAGCACAGCAAAGACAUCAAUGUCUUCCAAAAUCAUCGGGACUGAUGCAGAUUUCUUUGCCAACAUGGUAGUGGAUGCAGUCAUCGCAGUGAAGUUCACGGAUUCCAGGGGAAUGGCUCACUACCCCAUCAACUCUGUGAACGUGCUGAAGGCACAUGGACGCAGUCAGAGGGAGAGCAUGUUGAUCAACGGCUACGCAAUCAAUUGCACAGUGGGCUCGCAAGCGAUGCUCAAGAAAAUUACCAACGCAAAGAUAGCCUGUCUGGAUUUCAGCCUGCAGAAAACCAAGAUGAAAUUGGGAGUGCAGGUUCUCAUCUCUGAUCCAGAGAAACUUGAUCAGAUUCGCCAGAGGGAGUUUGAUAUCACCAAAGAGCGUGUUCAGAAAAUCCUGGCAUCCGGGGCCAAUGUGAUUCUGACCACGGGAGGGAUUGAUGACAUCUGCCUCAAGUAUUUCGUGGAAGCGGGUGCGAUGGCAGUGAGGAGGGUUCUCAAGCGGGACAUCAAGAGGAUCGCCAAGGCAUCUGGGGCCACUCUGUGCUCGACGCUGGUCAACCUGGAGGGAGAGGAGAGCUUCGACGCUACCUUGCUAGGGCAGGCCGAGGAGGUGGUGCAGGAGGUCAUCUGCGAUGACGAACUCAUCCUGAUUAAGAACACCAAAGCUCGGACGGCGGCGUCCCUGAUUCUGCGCGGAGCAAACGACUUCAUGUGUGACGAGAUGGAGCGCUCGGUCCACGACGCCCUGUGCGUGGUGAGGAGGGUCAUGGAGGCCAAGUCCAUCGUGGUGGGAGGGGGUGCCGUGGAGGCCGCGCUCUCAAUCUACCUGGAGAACUUCGCCACGACCAUGGGCUCCAGAGAGCAGCUGGCCAUAGCGGAAUUCGCCCACUCGCUUCUAGUCAUUCCGAAGACCCUGGCGGUCAACGCUGCUCAGGACGCCACUGACCUGGUGGCCAAGCUGAGAGCAUUCCACAACCAGGCCCAGAUCAACCCAGAGAGUAAACACUUCAAAUGGAUUGGCCUGGAUCUUGUGAAUGGCAAGCCUAGAGACAACAAGCAGGCAGGGGUGUUCGAGCCCACCCUCGUCAAAACCAAAAGCAUCAGGUUCGCCACCGAAGCCGCCAUCACAAUCCUGCGCAUCGACGACCUCAUCAAGAUCAUACCCGAUGAGAAGGAGGGAGGCAAGUCAUACCAAGAUGCCAUGCAGCGCGGGGAGCUGGACGACUGAACCAACAAACAAACAAACAGCGGCCUCAAUGCAAUCAAAGCGUACUUGGCUGAAGCACAGCCGUGAUCUGGAUUUAAUUCAGGCCUGUAUCUCAUUCCAGAGGUGGUUUGCUGCUGUUCCUAGUGGUGCAAACCCUGGUCUGAAUUCAGUCAAAGUCUAUGGCACAGCCAAAACUUUGGAAUGGUUACAGUGGCACUGUCAUUGUUGAAUUAAUCCAAGCAGCUGUACUAAAAGUUUGUUUCAUUCUGAUGUCGUUGUAAUAUCAAAAAAAGGAAAGGGGGGAAAAAAAAAAAGUUUUGAAAGAAUUUACCAAAUUUCAGGUGAUGUAAAUUGUUGAAUUGCAUGGUAAAUAAAAAAGCUGUUCUACUGGUAAAAUGUGUCUGCUGUAGUGCAGUGAGCGUUAGCUACAUUUAAAUAUUGUGUUUACCGGUUACAGUUUUAACAUCUGAAACUGAUACAUUGCUUUGACAAAUAGAAAUGUGUAAUUGGCUUCUCUUAUUCGAAUUGAUGGGGAGCUGUUUCUAGUGCUGAGAAACACUAAAAAGCAACAUUGCGUAGCAACUUUACGGCCUUGGUGUGUCGAUACAAAUGCUGAUUUGAAUUGUGCUGGCGCUUUGGCUUCCAACUUGUUUUGUUGAGGCACACUGCAUUGAAGCACUUUCCUGCAACACUUACGUUAUUUUGCUGUUUACUGUGAAACUGAAUAAAUAUUUUUCACCACUC